AUGUCAAGAUUUUAUAAACAAAAAAUACAAGUUGAAACAAUUAAUGGACAUCCUUUAGAAAUAGAAAUGUGGUGUACAGAUGAAAAAUAUGUAAAAAAUAUAUGUAUUUACAGAUGUGAUAUUUGUAAUAAAGAAUUUAAUGAAAAGAGAAGAAUGCUACUUCAUAGAAAUUAUCAUCGAUAA